AUGAGUUACGCCGAUGUUGCUGCCAAAGGGCCCAAACAAUCCCCAGAAGAGUCCGAGUCGGAAGUUGCAAGCUUGAUCGACGUCGACUCGCCGCACGUCAGCUCAGUCAAAUCGGAUUUCCAAGAACAAGCCAUCAAGACUGAGACGCAGGCCGAACGGAUCGAGCACGAACUGGAGGACAAGGCUCGCGCAGCAAGGCAGGAAUUCUCAGACAAUGCCGCAAGUGCCAAGAAGAAAGCUGCUAGCAAGGGCAAGCAGUUCAAGGACGAGAUGAAGAAGGAUGGACAAAAGUUGAGCGAAAAUAGGGACAAUCCUGUUGUCGUUGGUAAUGCCAUCAUCUGGGGCAUUGCCACUAUUGCUAUUGGCUAUGGAGCCUAUCAGAAGCAUACGGAGGGCAAAUUGGACUGGCAGCUUGCUGGAUCUGUGGCCGCUGGAGUAGGCGCUUUCGCUGUCGCGGAUUAUUUUGGCAGCAAGUGGCUCCUUGAGAACAAGUACCCUCCGAAAUAG